AUGUCAUCAGUAUUAAUUUUAGGAGCUGCUGGAUCAAUUGGAAGUGCUGUUGCUUCUGCAUAUGUAAACCAUGGUCUCACUGUUUAUGGUUUAGUAAGAUCACAAGAAAAAGCUGAUUUGGUAGCAAAGAAUGAAAUCAUUCCACUCAUUGCCAGUAUUGCUGACGUUGAUGUUUGGGGACCAGUUGCUGAAAAGGUAGAUAUUGUUGUUGAAGCCGUUGGUAACUACACUGAUCGUGUCACCUCUGAUUUAAUCUUCAACAAAUUGAAGGUAAUAGCUUCCCAGAAGCCAGAGUUGAUCAUUCUAUAUACAAGUGGUUGUUUGGUUUAUGCAGACAGUCAAGAUCUUAUCAAUGAGAAUUCACCAUACAAUCUCACCAAUGCAUACUUCCCAAUCAGAAAGUCCUAUGAGGAGCUCUACAAGUCUAUCGGUGCAAUCGUUAUACAACCAGCAUUCCUCUAUGGAAAGCAAGGUUCAGCCUCAUCCUACUACUUUAAGAACGCCACACAACCAGUCGAUGGACAGGUAACAUUGUUUGGUAAGAAAGAUCAAUAUCGUUCGUUUGUACACUCCUAUGAUCUUGGUCAGCUCUACUUGUUGGCCGGACUUAAGGGACAGGCUGUCAAGGGAAAUAUCUUCCUUGGUUCUUCCAACUACUUCAAAUCUGAAGAAGUAAUCUAUGCAAUUGCAAAGGAGGCAGGUGUUGAGGUUAAGCAAGUAAAUUUCAUUGCUCCACCAGAUGAUGACUUUUAUGCUUUCAUUUACUCAAUUUCCAACAGACUUUCCAGUAAGAAGGCAGAAACACUUCUUGGAUGGAAACCAACCAGAGUUUCACUUUUAGAUCAUACCAAACAAUACCUUCAAGCUUGGAAUUAUAAAAAAACUUUAAUAAUAAUUCACUAUUAUUAUUUUUAUAUUGAUGUUCUAUUUAAAAAACAUAUAUUCGAUCGUGGUAGUUACAAAUCAAAGGAGAAACCAACAAUUGGUACCAAGGUUGCAGUUUAUAUAGAGUACCCACCACCAAGCAAAAGAAUAACAAUAAUUAAUUCCAACCAUAUCCAUACUACAAUAUUUCAACUCAACUUCCACUGCAGUAUUCUAUCUGCUAAAAUCAAUAUAUGUAAAGAUACAUCAACCGAGAAACACUCGUGA